UGCCGUUCCUGAACACGACAUUGAAGAGUUGUAUCGUAGUUUAAGACCUGUCUUACUGUUUUUACUUCAAGAAAAAGCAUGAUGCAUUCCGCACGCAUCGUUUCCGUCCGUGACGUCACUGCAAAAGUUCGAUGGUUGGAGUUGCAGCUACUACCACCAUCAUCUUGUCAUGGAACCCAGCACAAAUUGACCUUCCGUCCAGGUCAAUGGGCCGACUUCGCUUUGCCGCUUACAUCGAAUUUUCCUGCAGUUGGUGGCUACUCUUACGUCUCCGCACCCCAGCAGCUAGCAAAGCAGCAAAUAGUGGAAUUUCUUGUUCAGAAGGAGCAACUCCCAAGGCCUCAUACGAUGACAAACUGGAUUCACAGCACCUCAUGUGUGCCUGGUGUAGAGGUCGAAUUAAGAACGGGAGGAAACUUUGUUGUUGACGAUGGGAGUGGAACCUUCGCGGACGUGGAUAAUGAUCAGACUGAAACAAGGCAAGCGCCUGCUGAAACGCACCUGGUAGCAGCUGGCAUCGGGAUUACGCCAUUUCUCAGCUUUCUACGUGCAGCACAAUGGUCUAAGAGGACUCUUGACCACGUUUUCCUAGCUUAUGCGGUCCGCCACAAAGAGGAUGCGGUGUUUCUUGACAAAAUCGAGGAGAUGGUAGACCAAAAUGGUCUACAAUUUAGACUAUUGGAAAGUGGAAGGUUAGGGAGAAAAUUGGCAGUGGAAGACUUCCUUCUGCAUUCGUCACAUAGUACCAAAAAGCAACAAGACAAGAACUCAUCUACCAAGUAUUACCUCUGUGGACCUCCUGAAUUCAGCAUAAGCAUGGAGAAGCAAAUGCGUUCUCCGAAGUAUGGAAUCAAAAACAUUUUUUAUGAAAACUGGUGGAGUCCUAACCCUCAUGGUAGAUUGAUACAGCCUAAAAGAACCA